AUGGUUCUAUGGCGCAUCCUCAGAACUUCGGCGACGAGAUCGCAAGCUGGGGCUCUUCUCCCAUGGGAUCACCGUUGCAACUCGAUCACCAUGAGGUGUUACUCCGCGAAAGCCGGAGCGAAAUCGAGCCAGAAGCCACAGAAGAAAUCCGGCGCCAAGAAGCCCGGCGAUGAAUCUGGCCCCGGCGCCGCCGCCGAGCUAGACCGAGGGGUAAUUGAUGAAAAAGCUUUGAGGUCCCGUCUCCUAGCAGAGGACGAGAAGAACCCGUCUCUUAAUGUGGGUCCUAAUGAUCGCCCACUCUUCACUUCGACUCCCACCCUGUCUCAGCUCACUCGCAGAGACGCCUGCUCCUACUUCAAAUUCAGGUACGUAUCUGUCCACCAGCUUCAUUUGGUGUGUGGGAAUUCUGGAUUACCGAAGGGGAUGGUGGCCGAGUUUGAGGAUUCAAUGCGAGAAUCGUUGAUUGUUCGGCAGAGUUUCUUGGACCUUCGUGAUAACUUCCGGCGUAUUGUUGAUCCUCCUUUGGAUGGUAAAGGUAUCAAAGCUAGAAAACAAAUUGUAUUAGAUGGUCCUUUAAGCUGUGGUAAGAGUAUUACAUUGGCAAUGCUUGUCCAUUGGGCUCGUGAUGAAGGUUGGCUAGUGUUUUAUGCUCCUCGAGGAUGGGAAUGGACUCAUGGUGGGUAUUUCUACAAGAACCCACACACUGGACUUUGGGACACUCCGCUUCAGGCAGAAAACAUUCUGAAGGACUUUUUGAAAUACAACGAAUCACAGCUGAAGCAGCUGCAUUGCCACAUCUUUGAUCCUAUUCUACUUGGAGAAGGUGCUGGUGUUGGAUGGAUGAAAGGAAUAGACUCCAUGCCAGUUCCUGAAGGCUCAAGUCUUUUUGACCUGGCACAAAUAGGAAUCCAGCAUUCUCAUGCUGCAGUUGGAGUAGUUGUUCGUUUGAGAAAAGAGCUAUCAUUAGUGAAAGAUGUUCCUGUGCUCUUUGCAAUUGAUCAAUAUAAUAGUUGGUUUACCUUCAGCGAGUAUGAAGAACCAAUGACUUUACACUCAACCAGACCGGUGCAUGCGAAAGAGGUUGCAACGGUAAAUGCUUUUAGGUCGAUGAUGCAUAAUGAUAUGAUGGUGGGAGCUUUUUCUCAUUCGACAGCAGUAGGAAAGCUACGUCAAGACUUGCCAGAUGUUCCUGUUGAUGCUCGCGUCAAUCUGCCCCGCUAUAAUGUAGAUGAAGCAGCCACUGUUUGCCAUUACUACCUUAGAUCGCUCGACAGAUCAAGAGAACCGGGACUGAAGAAGCCCCGAUUAGCUGAGGACCAAUCGAACCCUAGCGGUGGCCGGCCUUUCGUUCAGAGGCAGCCACCUGCGCCCGCGAGGUACAGGUCUGCUGCCGGCGGCGACAGAGACUCGGAGGGUAACGACAGGGGAGGCGGUGCGUACCAUCCUCAGCCGGUGCAGCAGUGCUCGGAGCUGGUCAAUCAGUACAAGACUGCUAUAGCAGAGCUGACUUUCAACUCCAAGCCGAUUAUUACUAAUUUGACUAUAAUUGCUGGGGAGAAUGUCCUCACCGCGAAGGCCAUUGCUGCAACUGUCUGCAAUAACAUUAUUGAGGUCCCCAGUGACCAGAAGCUGCCAUCACUUUAUCUUUUAGAUAGCAUUGUCAAAAAUAUUGGGAGAGACUACAUAAAGUACUUUGCAGCGAGAUUACCAGAGGUGUUCUGCAAGGCAUAUAGUCAGGUUGAUCCUCCUAUUCAAUCCAGCAUGCGGCAUCUUUUUGGAACUUGGAAAGGUGUCUUCCCUCUCCAGACGCUGAAGAUGAUUGAGAAGGAACUUGGAUUUUCUUCAGCAGUGAAUGGAUCAUCAUCUUCCACUGUGACAUCAAGGGCCGAUGCACUAUCACAACGGCCACAACAUAGCAUUCAUGUGAAUCCAAAAUACUUGGAAAGGCAGCGGCUUCAGCAGUCAGGCAGGGCACCAAUUGCAGAUUCACCUGAGGAUAUUGAAAGUCCAGAGAGAACUUCUGGUAUCCGAAGCCAGAUAACACCACAGAGUGAUCCCAUUGAAGAGAAGAACGUAGGGCCAUUGUAUGGUGACUUGGAUUAUGGCACAGAUUCUCCAAGGAACUCAAUCUUGGGAUCUGGGCGCUUAGGUGCAAGGGCUGCUGAACAGUCACAGCCCAAACCUUGGUAUGGAGCUUCAAGUGGCGUUUCUCAGAAGUUAACUGAUCCAAGAAAAGCUUUCCGAAUGAAGCAUGGUGUGCCAGAGCAUUUGAUCCCCAAAUCAACCAAAGCUGUGCAUUUACAGCCAACAGACAGCAUUGCCCGUAAAAGGGGCAACAGCAUUUCGACAAGCUGGAAAAACUCCGAGGAAGAGGAGUUCAUGUGGGAUAUGCAUUCCAGAUUGCCUGAUCAGGAUGGUUUUGAAAAUCGUGUGAGAAGACCUCAACUUGGGCAUGAUGUUGGGUUUCAGUUUGACAGAGAGUCAUCCUCAGAUUCAUUAUCUACCGAACAGAGAGAACUUGGGAACCGUUUGAGCUCGCCAUGGGGACUGCAAGAAUCAACAUCAAUGGACGAGCUUAUGUUUUCUAGUUCCAACACUAAUCCCAGUUAUGCAGACGGCAAUUUAACUACCCAUGGUGGGUUGCCUUCCAGGACAAGUUCUGUAUCCAGGAUUGUAGCAGGACCUAGUUCUGGCUCCUCUCAUGCCGGAGCCUCAGGAUUAGGGGUUAUUUCAAAUGUAGCAUUCAUCCCUACUAAUGGAGCCAUAGGCCAAAAGAGACUUUCUUCCAUUGGGACUUCGUCACCAUCUCAGCAAUCACUACUCCAUCAAGCCUCACCCAGUUCCUCCUUUCCAUCUCACUAUCCUCCUAGUAGGCAAUUGCCAAGUGCAACUGAACAUGACUACUCCCAGAUCUUGCCGCCAUCCCACCAAAAGGUGCGUCAACUUUCAACAAAUUUGAGCCCUCAAAGUGUUCAGUUGGGGAAUGUGAACAGGUUCCAGUCUGAAGAAUUGUCUGUACCUUCUGGUUCCCUUCAGAAGCAAAACCCACCUCUCGAAUGGAAUACUGGGGCUCCAUCGACAUCAGGAAGCUCCGAAUCAGACCAAUCCAUUCAACGUACUACAGAAACCUCAGGUCAACAGAGCACAAGUAGUUUAUUAGCAGCAGUUAUGAAGAGUGGAAUUCUGGCAAACAUCACAGCUGCUGGCGUGGCUAAGAAGAGCUUGCAAAGUAGUGGGCACAUCGUAUCAAAGCCAGUUACUAAACCUCCUCUUCCGAAUGUGACCCCUCCUGCACAAGUCGUAUCUGCUUUGCCUAUGUCUACUUCUUCUAAGUCGGGUAGCUCAAGUGUCUCUCAUAAGAAGGAUAAGCAGCAACAGUUGCCACAAGGUGCUCCUCCUUUAAUGCAGACUUCAAAGGUGGGAGAUAAGGUCUCAAAUCCAAUUUCAAACCUUUUGAGCUCUUUACUUGUGAAAGGUCUAAUAAAGUCAGAGACUUCCCCGUCAGCAACUUCUCAGAUGAACACUGUUGAGCCAGAGAGCCAGAAGAAAAGUACCAUAGCUCCUAAACCCGCCCCAGUUUCUUCUGUGUCAGAGUCUGCUCCCACGGCGGAUGAAGAAUCUCUUAAGAAAACUGAUGCGAAAAGCCCUAUUGAUUUGCCUGUUAAGCCUACCCCGGUGAUUCCGAAGGCAAAAGAUAAUGUCAGUUUGCCUUGGUCUAUAUCAGUGGAAACUGAGAGUCUCAUAGGAUUGAAGUUUAAGUCGGAUGUAAUCCGAGAAUUUCAUCCAGCUGUCAUUGAUUCCCUUUUCAGUGACCUUCCUCACCAAUGUGAUGUAUGUGGUCUCCGGCUUAAACAGAAAGAGGGGUUUGACAAGCAUUUGGAGUGGCACAGUGAAACGAAGAUUGGUCCUGAUGAUAAGAGAAAGAGAUGGUAUGCUGAAAUAGAGCAUUGGAUUUCUCCAAAUGCAAGUGUUCCUUCUGAAGCAGUAGAUUCAUCUCCCGAGGAUGGUCCAGAUUGUGAAAUGGUGGAUAGAGAUGACGACCCAAUGGCUCUUGCGGAUGAAGACCAGUGUGUAUGCGUCUUAUGCGGUGAGCUGUUUGAAGAUUAUUAUAGUCCUGCAGGUAAUCGGUGGAUGUUUAGAGGAGCUGUGCACAUGACACCAGUUCCUCCAGGUAAUGAUGAACAAGGAAAUGGUCCCUUAGUCCAUGUGCAUUGUCGCUCAGAAGGUUCAGCCAGCGAGUUGGGUCUUCUUAAUAGCGUGAAAAUGGCUAAAUUUCUUAUUGAUGCUGUAUCUUGUAUUGGAAUUUUCUUCUGUGUUAGGAAUAGAGCUCUGGCAUGGGAAGAUUGA